GUGCGUUGUUGUUAUCGCUAAAAAUGCCGAAAGGUCGAUAAUUACGUGAGCGAACCGUGCCUAGGUUGACAAUCCGCGUAGACGGAUGGGACGUGAAACUGCACACCACAUCAUCGUCGCUCGCGUAGGUUGUGCUGCUGCGUAGAACAACGGUGGAAAAACAAAUCCAACACGUAGGUAACUUGGAUCGGGCCAAAGGCGGCACCUUAAUAAUAGCCAAUUUUUCGACCUCAGGCCACUUAAGCUAUUACGCCCGGUGACGCCCGUUCAGUGACGGCUGACAAAAGCUGUCCGAUUGGAGGAAACCCAGCGGGCCGUUGUUGCGUGCAGAUUCGUGGAAUACGGUGCCCCUCAUAUCGAGAUGGAUUUCCUAGACGAGCGAGGAAUCUUGUACGUGAUAGCGGACCUGCUAUCCAUCGUCACGAUUGCUUCAUGUCUCGUAUCGAAGGUGCCUCAGAUACAAACCGUCCGGCAGCUGCACUCCGCCAAGGGGCUCAGCGUAAACGGACUUCUGAUGGAACUAUGUAGCUACACCGUCACGAUGCUGUACAACUAUACCAACGGGUACGCGUUCCUGUCGUACCUGGAGUACCCUAUUCUACUGCUGCAGGAGUACGUCCUGGUAUACUACGUGCUGCGGUACGAAUCACUGCUCAAUCAACGAGCGUACCAAUUUACCGGACUCUACGUGGCGGUGUUUAUUGGCUUCGCGACAGCCAUUAUUCCCACCUCCAUCCUGAUGAUGCUUGUGCCAUUCACCACGCCAGUCGGGGCGACAAGCAAAGUAAUGCAGCUGAUCGCCAUUCUCCGCUCAAAGGACUCUCAAUCCGUUAGCCUGAUCACGUGGGGCAUAUCGGCGUUCACCAACUCAACGCGCAUCUACACGAUCAUGCUGGAUUCGGGCGACAAAAUGUUGCUGGCCAACUUCGGUAUUUCCACCCUGCUCAGUACCUUGGUGUUGCUGGCCGCGUGGUACUAUAAAAAACCAAAGAAAGAUUAAGCUGUCUACUGAUGGGAUUUUGAGACCGCUUUUGGAACGUAUUUUUAUCUCAACAAACCUUACUUCUGCGCGAAAACUAAUAACGAGUGAGACAAGCAUCACGCAAAGGCACAAAGAGGCAUUUCUGCACAUUUGCUGCUUUCCAGCUUUAACCCAUAGCUAACGAACAAUUUUACGAUCUGACUUAUCA